AUGUUUUGUCUGACAUAUAUUUAUCUCCUUUAUAUCUCUCUUUCUUUCUUUCUUUCUUUCUUUCUUUCUUUGGAGUUGUGUAUCUGUUUCUUUUCGUGGGUAUUUUACAUCACUCCUUUCGCUUUGAUCGCAGAUCGCUGGAGAGGGAAAGAAAGUGGUCACUUUGUAGUUUGUCAGCGCGACAGAUUUUUGCAUUCUGUCUGUCUAUCUAUCUAUCUAUCUAUCUAUCUAUCUAUCUAUCUAUCUAUCUAUCUAUCUAUCGAUCUAUCUAUCUCAUUCUAUUCUGAUCUAUCUAUCUAUCUAUCUAUCUAUCUAUCUAUCUAUCCUGUAUAUUUUUAUUAUUUAUUUAUUGUUUUCUUUUCUUUCAUUUUUUCACUUCGUAUUGUUUUUUUGUUUCUUUUUUUGCAAAUAUCUUUUUCAAAAUUUUUUCGUUUCUUUCCCAUUACCGCCUGUCUUUCAUCUUUCCCCCUAUCACAUUCCAUUAAAGCCUCUCGUCUGUGUCCUAUCUACUUAGUCAACCUUCCACUAUCCUCGUUACGAUCAGAAUCAUCAUUUCCAGACAAUUCCUCAGCAGACUUUAAAACAUUUUUGCGCAAAAGAAAUAGCUUAACGUUCCUAACUGAUAUUUCACUGCAAGUUUCUCCACAAUAA